CUCAGUGUAAACACUUGAAGGCAUCUUUAGAAUGUCCUUAUCUGCGAGAGCACUGAAGCUUUUGUAUUCUGGAAGUUUUCAAACCAGCAGCUGUCUAGGAGCCAGGAUGGCAGGGACUUUUUAAUGUGGGUGUUUAGUACAAAGAAAAAUACAAGCCAGCUGACCAGAAAGACUGGAAUUUCAGCUCCCCACAGCCCACCUCCUUGGAUUUCUUCCACUCCUGCUCUCCCUCCUUCUCCUCUCAUUUUGCAAGUCCUUCAAACCAGAGAUUAUUGGGUCAGCAACUUUCAUUAUCCUUCCCAAGCUCCAGUCUUCAUUUGUCAGAGCUACCGAAGGAAUGCCAGGACUAGACAUAUACUUAAUUAAACACACAGGAUACCAUUGCAUGAUGCCCUUGAAUGGAUGGUAAAGCUUCCCUUGAAAGAACGAAGAAGCCACCUCUUUUCCAGAGAGGUUUUCUCCUCUAAGAUGACAAAGAACAGCUGGCUCCUUUUGCUCUUUGCACUUCAUUUGAGAAGCAUCUGCUCCUCUUUCGUCAGUGUCAACCGUGGGAUGAAAGUGAUGAAAGGUCAGUCUGUUUUCCUGUCGCAAGAGGACCUGCAGUUUUCCAUCCCCAAAGAGAAGGAUGCCUGCAAAGUAGAAGUCGUGAUGAAUGAGCCAAUCACGCAACGAGUUGGGAAGCUGACGCCACAGGUAUUUGACUGCCAUUUUCUCCCCAAUGAAGUCAAGUACACUCACAAUGGAUGUCCAAUUCUUGAUGAAGACUUAGUCUUGCUAAGGUUAUACAGAUUUACUGAAACUGAAACAUACACAGAAAUAUUUACGCUUCAUGUAAAGUUGCUUGAGCCAGAUUGUAAUAUUAUCAAGAUGAGCUCUAUUGCUCUGGAGGUUCCUGAGUUUCAUGGCCUGUCUAAUGUAAUUAACAAGAAUGUGAUUACCCUGGAUUAUAACAAGAAUAUGAACUUGGAGUGUACUAUAAGCCUGAACUCUGUAGAAACCUUCUUACCAUCCAGUGGUCAGCUUGUGAUUGGAGAAGCCAAGGAAGAAGAACCUCGUGGAGAUCACCCUCAGAGUUUUUCUCCCACAACUGGCCUGAAGACGAUUCAAAACAUUAAGGUGAGCUGCCAGGAUUUUCUCCUGAUGGGACUUAGAUAUCAGCAUUUGGAUCCUCCCUCACCCAACAUUGAUUACAUUCCUAUCAGACUGGAUCUAACUGAUCGCAGAAGCAAGACUCUGUACAAGUCUGAGCAUGUUUGGAUUCCUGUUCAGAUCAGAGGAGCAAUUUCUAACCAGGCCCCACAAGCAGCUUUCAUGGCUAUGUUCAUUCUGGAAGCAGACCAGUUUAUUUUGAGUCCAUUGUCAACAGUGAUACUGGAUGCUGAAGAUGGUGAAACACCCAAAUCUCUUCUUGUGUUUAACAUUACCAAGCCACCUGAAGAAGGCUACAUCACUCACCUACAAGAUCACACAAAGCCUGUCUCGUCCUUCACAUGGAAUAGUCUCAAUGAUAUGCUUAUAGCAUAUCAGCCGCCAAACAGGAGCCAUUCCGAGAGGAGAAAUUAUGAGGUAGAAUUUCAAGUUCAUGAUUUGUACUUUGAGAAGAGUUCACCAAUCACUCUCCAUAUAUCUGUCAGAACAUCAGAAACAAAUGCUCCUCGAGUUUCAUGGAAUACAGGUCUUGACCUCUUGGAAGGACAAUCACGCCCUAUAACAUGGGAGCAGUUUCAGAUUGUAGACAACGAUGAUAUUAGUGGUGUUCGCUUAGUUAUUGUUGAUGGUUUGCAACAUGGACAGCUCACUGUAAGAGGAGAAAAGGGAUUCCUGUUCACAGUCGCAGACCUUAAGGCUGGCGUUGUCCAUUACCAUCAUGAUGACAGUGAUUCCACAAAGGACUAUAUUGUCUUCAGGAUCUUUGAUAACCGCCACAGUAGCCGCCACAGGUUUCCUAUCAACAUCCUGCCUAAAGAUGACAGUCCUCCAUUCCUGAUUAAUAAUGUUGAGAUAGAGGUUCAUGAAGGACAAAUCAUUCUGAUCCAAGGCUCAAUGCUCCAAGCCUCUGACAUGGACUCUAGUGAUGACUACAUACUCUUUAAUGUCACCAAGUUGCCACUGGCAGGAGAAAUCAUGAAGAAACCAGGACCAGAUCUAAUUGGUUAUCCAGUCACUAAAUUCCUUCAGAAAGAUCUAUUUAAUGGAAUAAUUUACUACCAUCACUUGGGAAGAGAAAUAUUUGAAGAUUCAAUUGAGAUGGUUCUUUGUGACAGUCAUGAGCCUCCCAAUCUUUCCGAAACUCAGGUAGUAAGAGUGCACAUAAUUCCUGUGGAUGAUCAGCUUCCCAAAGAAACUCCAGGUGUAAACCGUCAUCUAACUGUCAAAGAGACAGAGAUUGCCUAUCUGACAAAGAAACAGCUCAGUUUUAUAGACACAGAAGCACAGGAUAGAGAGCUCAUCUAUACUGUCACUUCUCCUCCAUUCUUCUCUUCUUUGCAUCACUACACAGAUGCUGGGAAAUUGUUUAUGGUGGACAGCAUUCCCAAACUGAUCAAGGAUCCUGCUACUCCCUCAUUGAGAUCGUUUACUCAGCAUGCCAUAAACCACAUGAAAGUGGCAUACAUGCCACCGUUGCAAGAUAUUGGUCCUGAGCCUCAGUACAUCCAGUUCAGAUUCUCAGUCAGCAACCAGCAUGGAGGAACUUUGCAUGGCAUCUGUUUUAACAUUACCAUUCUUCCUGUGGACAACCAGGCUCCAGAGGUUUUUACGAGCAACUUGAAGGUACAAGAAGGAGGGCUGGCCAGUAUUACAGAGAAGAACGUUUUGAUUUCAGAUGUGGACACAAAGCUGGAAAACAUUCGUGUCCAACUCCUAAGGCCACCUUCCCACGGAAGUGUUGAAUUGGGAGGAAUUCCCAUAGAUGAAGGAGACCAACUGACUUGUGAUGACUUACACAAGUCCAAAGUCAGGUAUCACCACAAAGGGUCAGAGGUUCCUCAGGAUCAUAUCCUCCUUGCUGCUACAGAUGGUGUCAAUUCCUUUGAGUUCAUCCUAUACAUUAAGGUGAUUCCUGUAAAUGAUGAGCCUCCAGUCAUGCACACUGGCCUCAUUCCCAUCAUGCAGUGUCCAGAGGGUCAGGCAGUGCCCAUUACUUCAGAGCACCUUUAUGCUACGGAUGCAGACAGUGAGGACAUGCAGCUGACAUUCACUCUUGCUCGACAUCCUAAAUAUGGGGUUGUGAAGAACAAUGGAGUUGUGGUUGAUGGUUUCUCCCAAGCAGCUAUUGUUUCUGGAACAGUAGCAUAUGAACAUACGAGUGGAGAGAUUGGUUUGGAGCCAUUAUUUGAUAUCCUUACCUUUGUUGUCUCGGAUAAUGAAAUGGACCCAGAUGUAAAUGCCUGUUGUUAUGACGGAUCUCCCCUUUCUACUGAAUCUCUUCAUAAAUCUUUUCCGGUGUAUGAUAUCAAUAUUACAGUAUUUCCAGUGGACAACCAACCUCCAUCUAUAAUUACUGGCACCAUGUUUGUUGUGGAUGAGGGCUCUACAGCUGCCAUUACAACUAGCCACUUGUGGGGCACUGAUCCUGAUACCGAAGUAGACGACUUGCAGUUUGUUUUAGCAUCUCCUCCUCAGUUUGGAUAUAUUGAAAACAUACUGCCUUCCCCUGGCUUUGAGAAAAGCAAUAUGGGAAUAAGUAUAACCUCAUUCCAGUUGAAAAAUCUGAAGGCCAAGCAUAUCAACUAUGUUCAGAGCAGGCACAGGAGGGUCGAACCAACUACAGACCAGUUCAUGCUUUAUGUCACUGAUGGGAAACAUCGUUCAAUGACAACACCAUUUUAUGUCUUAAUCAACCCAACCAAUGAUGAAGCCCCAGAAUUCAUGGCAAGGAAUAUCACAGUGAAGGAAGGUCAAAUGAAAGAGCUGGACCCAUCAGUAAUCAAUGCUGUUGAUCUGGAUGUUCCUCAAGAUACCCUGAUGUUUACUGUCCUUCAACCACCGCAACAUGGCCUCCUCAUCAACGGGAUGUACGGCAACAAUAUUGUACAUUACAGACAGGCAAUUCAUAGCCACCAGCAUCAUGAACUUCCCAUGCAGGGAUUUUCUAUGGAGCUUUUAAAAAAUGGAAUGCAGUUGCUGUAUAUGCAUGAUGAUUCUGACAGCUUCGCCGAUGGUUUUUCUAUCCAGUUAUCAGAUGGGAAACAUAAAGUGUCAAAAACCAUUUCAGUAGAGGUCAUUCCAGUUAAUGAUGAGAAACCAGUGCUGAACAAGAAGGGUAAGAUAGAGGUGAACAUGGGGGAAGCCCAAAUUAUUUCUGGUGCUGUUCUGUCAGCAGAAGAUAAAGACACCCCCAGGGAACAAAUUUAUUAUUUAUUUGAAAGAGUCCCAGAAAAUGGACAUCUUCAGCUCAAGGUAGGUCGUGACUGGGUGACCCUUGAGAAUGGGAUGAAUUGCACCCAGGAAAACAUAGAUAUGAACAUUGUGAGAUACAUACACACUGGCACAAUUGGCUCAAAGGAACAAGACAGUUUCGUGUUUUGUCUCUGGGAUGGAAACAACCGGUCCCCUGAGAUCGUUUUUCCAAUUAUAAUUAAAGAUGUUGGAAAAGGAAACAUUGCAGUUUUCAUGAGGCCCCUCACUGUAUUGAAGGGUGACAGAGGCCUCUUGAUGACUGACGUCCUCCUUGCGGUUGAUGGCACUGAGAAGCCAGAAGAGCUCCUCUAUGUGAUCACCGCCCCUCCUCAGUAUGGACAGAUUGAAUAUGUCAGCUAUCCUGGAGUUGCCAUUACAAGUUUCAGCCAGAUGGAUGUAGCAGGCCAGGCAGUGUGCUAUGUCCACAAAAGCAAGGAAGCUUCUUCCAAAGAUAUGUUCAGAUUCAUCAUCAGCAAUGGGUUAAGAACUAAACAGGGAGAGUUUGAGAUCAUCCUGGAGACAGUGGACCAAGCCUUACCCACCGUGACCAAGAACAAGGGGUUGAGAUUAUUGGAAGGUGGCAUGGCAUUCCUUUCUCCAGAUGUCCUACAGAUUUCGGAUCCAGACACAGCUCCACAAAACCUUUCCUUUCUCCUAGCUGAGCUCCCACAAUAUGGUCAGCUCUACAACAGGGAUUAUGAACUCUGGCAGCAAAGCUUUAGCCAGCAAGAUGUGGACACCCUGAAUGUUGCUUAUAGACAUGGAGGUGGUGAUUCUCGGAUUGACAGAUUCACGUUUGUGGCGACAGAUGGAGUGAAUCAAGGCUUCAUCGUAAAUAGCAAGGUUCAAUUUGAGCCUCUGAUGUUCAUCAUUCAGGUGGAUAGCCCAGCAAAACCAGCGCCAAAAAUUGUUCAUCUUCAUUGUGCUUCAGAUGUGGAACUUCUGAAAAAUGGCAUCUAUGGUAUUUACAUUACUGUCCGUUCACUGAAAGCCAUAGAUUGUGAUACAGAUGAUGGACAAAUCAUUUUUAAGAUUUUGAGAAGGCCUCUGUAUGGCUACCUGCAAAAUAUAACAACAGGUGGGUUUAUUCAAGAACAGUUCAGCCAAAAGGAUUUAAAUAGCAGAACCAUAUUGUAUGUCAUUGAUCCUUAUGAGGAGAGCAAUUCAGAUAACCUGGAGAUUCAAGUUACUGAUCCUGAAGGAAAUUCUGCUGAACCUCAGAGGCUGGAACUGAAAUGGUCCAAGAUUGAAAUCCAGCAAGAUGUUUAUGAAGUCUGUGAAAAUGUGGGGAUAUUGCCUUUGAAAAUCAGCCGAUCAGGGUACAACGGCGAUUCAGCAUUUGUGGCAAUGAAGAUCAAUGAAAUGACUGCUUUGUCAGGAAAGGAUUUCACUCUGCCUCCUUCCCAUCUUAUUCAGUUUGAUCCAGGAAUGUCAACCAAGAUGUGGAAUAUAGCAAUUACCUAUGACGGAUUAGAGGAGGAUGAGGAGGUCUUUGAAGUGGCUCUGAUCUCCCCUGUGAAUGCUGUUCUUGGCACCAGGACAAAAGCUGUCGUGAAAAUUUUGGACUCAAAAGGAGGUCAGUGCAGUUCAUUCCAUUCCUUCAGCCAAAACAGUCACAACUUAUGGAUGAAAGGAACAUCGCUUCCAGGCUCCUCUUCAUCUUCCAGGUCUGGCGCUGCUCUCUUGGAAGGCAUCCCACGGCCCCCAUCAACAGAGGGAGUGGUGCAGAGAAGGGAUGAGACACCACCAUUCAACUCUGCAAGGAGUAGGCUCAGGACUAUUGGAAAUGGCAAAAGAGUCCGUCCUUCUUCCAUUGUUAGAAAUGGCAAUGAUACAUUUCUUACAUACCAUGGGAUGGCUAUUUUAAGAGUGGAGGAGGACAACCCUUUGCGGAACAAGAACGAGAUGGCCACACUAUCAGGAAUUAGUCAAAAGGAAGUGAAGAAAAAUGGGGUUUCUCUCAAGAAAAUGGAAGUUCCACAAGCAGAUUCCAGCAUUCCGGUCCAGAGGCUUUCCUUUCCAAAUAUAUGCACACCAGAUUUGAAAGGUCUCUUGCAUUUUGAAGAAAACACCCAGAAGAUGUAUCAAUGUGAUGGUAGUUCUUGGGCCUUAUGGAAUUAUGCAAACAAGGGUUCUACCAUAAAAACCUGUCUUCCUGGAUGGAGUCACCAUGAUGGCAAUUGCUAUGUUCUGAUCACCGAUCCAAAAGCCAUAUGGACAGCAGCCGCCCGGAGCUGCAGGAGACAGUACCAUGGCAAUUUAGUCAGCGUGACUUCCACAACACAGAUGCAAUGGCUGUGGGACUUCAGUGGAAGGAAGUCUUUUUGGAUAGGCUUGAGUGAUCACAGAAAUCCAGGUCAAUUGGAAUGGAAUGAUGGAGAACAGGUUGUUUACACAAACUGGAAAAAAGGCCCACCUCGUCUCUCAAAGAAAGGGAAGAACUGUUUUUUAGUACAACAGCGAGGAAAAUGGCAAAGAAAAGACUGCAGGAAGGGCAAAGGAUACAGCUACAUAUGCUCUAGGAAACUGUAAAGAAAGAUGCACGUCUGGCUUCACUUGUGUACAAUAAAGCAUAUUUAUUUGCAGCUGGAAGGACUGGAAAGAUUCAAAAUUGGAUAAGAGUGUGUCUUUAGAGAGAGAGAGGUCUAAUGUGGUAGAGGAAACCUUUACACUGGCUGUUCAUCAUUCUUUUACUCUCCCCCCUCCAGUGUUUAUGAUAUGCUGGGUAUGAGUAAAGAAUGAACAGUUGUUUGCUUCUAAGUUCCUCUCUUUCAGGCUUAAGAGGUCCAAAUAGCUGGAGAGAUAACUGGAGAAGAACUCUAUGGUGGGUACAGACAAUGUGUCACAUAUUCAAUCUACUCCAUCAUCCUUGGAUAGAAUCUUCUGCUCCUCCAUUUUCUUGGCCAGAUAUGUAAUAUUUGCCUAAGGCCACCCAAUUAGUGUUUCCAUGGCAAGCAGUCUUCAGAGUCCUAGUCCAGCACCCAAACCACUACACUAUUCUCACUCUCACAACAUAAUUAGAACUACAGCAAACACCAUUGCUUUAUGGAAGAUUGCCAAAAUGGAUCAAAAACUCACACUCUGUCCAAGUUGGAGGAUACAUCCAUAGAGGUAGAAUUUUUUAACAUACAUCAAGUACCAAUCUGAUGUAGAAGGAAUGAAGGAAUGAAGUUAUCACUUUGGAUACAGUAUGAAAGCCUGAUGACUUAUUGAAAGAGGGAAAGAAGCCAUUGUUUUAUUUUAAAAAAGAAAUAUCUGAUAACACCACACCUCUUCACAUCUCAUUAAGACCUAGAAUAGAUAAUGUGGUGCCCAUUAACUAAAAUUCUCAUUAGCCCCAGCUAGCAUGGUGAACAUUCUCUGGUUAUUAUGGGAGUUAAGAGUCUGACGCAUGUGGGGGGAAUCAGAUGUUUUUGUAAGUCUCAAAGAACGGUAAUGUGAUUUCUCAGAACUCCCCUUUUAACACUGUAAUAGUUUAAUAUGUAGUUAAGAGUUUGAUAAAUAUUUAUCAAUUAUAUACACAAUUCCUUGUCCUCUUAAAAAGUAUUUUAAAUGAGAGAUUUGUUGUAAACUUUGAAUAUUAUUUUCUAAAAUGUACUGAAAAUUAUGUUUCCACCAAUGCUGUGGCAUGUUUCCCUUUAAAUUUAAGUGCUGUUGAUCUAUUUUUGUACCUUAAAUAUCAUAUGUGCUGUUAUACCUAAAGCAGUUUAAUAAAGAUAGUAUUACAAAUGAUAAAA